AUGGUACCAGAGCUUGCUUGGUACAAUACAGCAGGACACAUAUCUUUUCCUCCUCCUUGUCCUCCUCCCCCUCCUCCUCCUCUUCCUCCUCCUCCUCUUCCUCCUCCUCCUCCUCUUCCUCCUCCUCCUCCUCUUCCUCCUCCUCCUCCUCCUCCUCUUCCUCCCCCUCCUCCUCCCAACACCACAGGAUGGGACACCACUCUGGAAGAGACAUCACUCUGGAAGGUACAUCACUCUGGAAGGGACACCACACGUGUCCCAGAUCCACUUCCAGUUCUGAACAAUAUCUGCUCAUUAGUGGAAUCUGCAUCAGUGCCGGAAACUAGUGAGAAGUAUUCUUGUCAAGAGGGAUCACAAGUUCUAAAGUCAGAGCAUGCAAGCCGAGACACAGAUUGUGAACAAAGCUGGAAUACUGAAUCCAUCCCCAUAGGAAGCUUUAUGAGUGAUGGUGUUGAGUGCCACAGCCCAUGCAUUAAUGUGACUGCUGGUGGAAUUAUCAUCAGUAGAUGUAUCAAUGCCACUCUGACUGUUAUAUGUUAUCAGGGACAUGUGACUGAAUAUCGAAUACAUUUUCUGGGUAUUUGGAUCAAUCCUUCACCACUACAGAAUAUCGAGAAAAGAGACCGCCAUGGUAUCUGUGCCUGUCUCACGCUGCUGCUGUUAAUAUUUGUAUCAUUCGCCAUCCAGCACUACAUAUCUCAGCUUCAUAGGAUCAGAAACAAUGGACCAAAUCAUCUUUAAUAGACCAUUUUAUUGUGCUGUUUAUUGCCAGACAUUUAAGAGUAUUUUUAUUUUGCAAUACAAAAAUUAUAACUAUAAAUAAUAUUGUAUAAUAUUGUAUGAUAAUCCGCAUGACAUUUCUGUAUAUUUAAAUUUUGUUUAAUAUAUUGUGUUUUAGUUUCCAUUUAUUUUAGAAGAAAUGGUCAAAGCAUUUUCAAUUCGGUUUCAAUUCUGAUUUUCAUUCCAAUGCUGUAGUGUGACUGUGGAUGACCGUUUGACACAGUGCCCCAUGUGUAAUGUUUGAAACCAGUAAGUGUGGAAUUUAAAUUAAAAUUGCUGGAGACCAAGUGGGAGAUCAUGUGUUUGAAAGCAGAUGCUGCCACACCAUCCAUGGCCGGGAGUCCAAGAGAUUGGCCAUGAUCUCAUGGUGGCAGGGAUGGCAGUACCCUCACUCUCCUCUGUAAAUCAAGACACUACCCAGUUGUGGGCAUCUGUGACCUCAUACACGUGGAAGAGGGUAGAUAGCGUUUUCCUCCGAUGUACUAUGCUCCCCUAUGACAAAGCACGAACAGCAGUUUGAAAACCUGUGGUUGGUUUGGCGUGUUUUGGAGAAAUGUUAGCUUUUACCCUCCACAACUGGCAGCUGUUGUCUAAUCAAGGUACUUAAUUUAAAAAAAAAAUAAAAAAAUAAAUAAAAUAAAAUAUUUGGAGAAAGAAAUUAAAAAAAGAAGAGAUUGGUUUAAUAAAAACAUGUUCUGUGUUUUAGUUUACAUUAAUUUUAGAACCAUUUCAAAGCAUAUUUAUAACUGGACAUUUGUAUGCAUAGUGUUUACUAACAUUUCAGUAUGUACAUUUUCUUCUACUUUUGACUGCAUGCAGCUAACUGCAUAUUUCACUAUAGCCAUAAACUACCGCAUUAAAAUGCAUCAAUUUCAGUGUCAUUAAACAAUGUGUACGUGAUUAAUUAAUGUCUCU